AUGUGCCCCAACACCGAUACCGUCGCCCUCCAUGGCUGGACUGCCGUGCCUGUCGAUGUCGAUGCCAUCUUCGAAGGAAAGCCGUAUCUCAACGAGCCGACUCCCGUCUCGCUCGACGAUAUUGUGUGGCCAUCCGAUGAUCCUAUCGUAGCCAAAGUCCAAGAAUACGCCAAGGAGAAGCUUCCCAUCGAGACCUACAACCACUCUAUGCGAGUUUUCCAUUGGGCAACAAUCAUCGCCCGCCAGCAGUUCCCCACCCACGCCUCCUCCCUCUCCCCCUCCACCCUCGCCCUCACCUGCCUCCUCCACGACAUCGGCACCACCCCCGCCAACCGGUCCAGCACCCAGCUGUCGUUUGAGUUCCAAGGCGGCUUCAUCGCCAUUAACCUGAUCCAGCACCAGUUGGGCGGUGCCCAGUCGCAAGCCGAAGCCGUCGCUGAGGCCAUCAUCCGCCACCAGGACCAGGGAACCGUCGGCACCAUCACCUUUCUGGGUCAGCUGAUCCAGCUGGCGACGGUGUACGAUAACAUGAGCGAGAUGCCGUAUUUGGUGCACCCGGAGACGAGGAGGGAGGUGGCCACAAAAUGGAAGAGGAACGGCUGGAGCAGAUGCUUCAGCAAGAGCAUCAGGGCCGAGUGCGAGGAGAAGCCGUGGGCGCAUACGACGCAUCUGGGAAGUGAGAAGUUCCCGAAUGGGGUUAG